AGUGAAGAGGUUCGGAACAGAGGGUUGCUCAGCUCGGAACUCCCUAGGCUGGGAGAUGUGAUCCCCCAAAAGUUUAGUCGGCGAAUGGGAGACUGAAGGGCGACGGCGAGGGGGCGCACGCGCCGGGGGUGCUCUGCUGGGCCGUGCGGGGCAGGGUGGGAACGCGCUCGGCCUCGGCUUGCCUGCCCCGCUGACCUCCUGGACCGGUCCUGGCGGAAUCCGGACUCGCCCCUCCGAGAUGACGAGGAAUAAUUCUGCUCCAUGGCUGACUUCAAGGAUGUGAAUUGUUGACCUCAUCCCAACAUCAAGAACCUCAGAUGUUAUUCUAAUUUUUGCACCAUUCCAGGCAGGUUGACUUUAUAUGGAAAUAAAAUUGAACCUUAGGGGUCUGAUGGAAAUUCACUGUGACUUUCGAAUCAAGAAAAUGUGCUGAAACCCACAGAACCUUUUCCCCAUGGGCCCUGAUGGUAGCCUCCAGAAGGAGCAGCCUCAGGUGGUCCCACUUCUUCUGUGGCGAGAAUAAACUUUGGGUCUUCGAUUGCAACACCACCUGUGGAGAAAAUGGUAUGCGAGGGAAAGCGACCAGCCUCUUGCCCUUGUUUCUUCCUCUUGACCGCCAAGUUCUACUGGAUCCUCACAAUGAUGCAAAGAACUCACAGCCAAGAGUAUGCCCAUUCCAUACGAAUGGAUGGGGACAUCAUUUUGGGGGGUCUCUUCCCUGUCCAUGCAAAGGGAGAGAGAGGGGUGCCUUGUGGGGAGCUGAAGAAGGAAAAGGGGAUCCACAGACUUGAGGCCAUGCUUUAUGCAAUUGACCAGAUUAACAAGGACCCCGAUCUCCUCUCCAAUAUCACUCUGGGUGUCCGGAUCCUUGACACGUGCUCCAGGGACACCUAUGCUUUGGAACAGUCACUAACCUUCGUGCAGGCGUUAAUAGAGAAAGAUGCUUCUGAUGUGAAGUGUGCUAAUGGAGAUCCACCCAUUUUCACCAAGCCCGACAAGAUUUCUGGCGUAAUAGGUGCUGCAGCAAGCUCCGUGUCCAUCAUGGUUGCUAACAUUUUAAGACUUUUUAAGAUACCUCAAAUCAGCUAUGCAUCCACAGCCCCAGAGCUAAGUGAUAACACCAGGUAUGACUUUUUCUCUCGUGUGGUCCCACCUGACUCCUACCAAGCGCAAGCUAUGGUGGACAUUGUGACGGCACUGGGAUGGAAUUAUGUGUCAACAUUGGCUUCUGAGGGGAACUAUGGAGAGAGUGGUGUGGAGGCCUUCACCCAGAUCUCGAGGGAGAUUGGUGGUGUUUGCAUUGCUCAAUCACAGAAAAUCCCACGUGAACCAAGACCUGGAGAAUUUGAAAAAAUUAUCAAACGUCUGCUAGAAACACCUAAUGCUCGAGCAGUGAUUAUGUUUGCCAAUGAAGAUGACAUCAGGAGAAUAUUGGAAGCAGCAAAAAAACUAAAUCAAAGUGGGCAUUUUCUCUGGAUUGGCUCAGAUAGUUGGGGAUCCAAAAUAGCACCUGUCUAUCAGCAGGAGGAGAUUGCAGAAGGGGCUGUGACUAUCUUGCCCAAAAGAGCAUCAAUUGAUGGGUUUGAUCGAUACUUUAGAAGUCGAACUCUUGCCAAUAAUAGAAGAAAUGUGUGGUUUGCAGAAUUUUGGGAGGAGAAUUUUGGAUGCAAGUUAGGAUCACAUGGAAAAAGGAACAGUCAUAUGAAGAAAUGCACAGGGCUGGAGCGAAUUGCUCGGGAUUCGUCUUAUGAACAGGAGGGAAAGGUCCAAUUUGUAAUUGAUGCAGUAUACUCUAUGGCUUAUGCCCUGCACAACAUGCACAAAGAUCUCUGCCCAGGAUACAUUGGCCUUUGCCCACGAAUGAGUACCAUUGAUGGGAAAGAGCUACUUGGUUAUAUUCGGGCUGUAAAUUUUAAUGGUAGUGCUGGUACACCCGUCACUUUUAAUGAAAAUGGAGAUGCUCCUGGACGUUAUGAUAUCUUCCAGUAUCAAAUAACCAACAAAAGUACAGAAUACAAAGUCAUUGGGCACUGGACCAACCAGCUUCAUUUAAAAGUGGAAGACAUGCAGUGGGCUAAUAGAGAACACACUCACCCGGCAUCUGUCUGCAGCCUGCCAUGUAAGCCUGGGGAGAGGAAGAAAACGGUGAAAGGAGUCCCUUGCUGCUGGCACUGUGAGCGCUGUGAAGGUUACAACUACCAGGUGGACGAGCUCUCCUGUGAACUUUGCCCUUUGGAUCAGAGACCAAAUAUCAACCGCACAGGCUGCCAGCUUAUUCCCAUCAUCAAAUUGGAAUGGCAUUCUCCUUGGGCCAUAGUGCCUGUGUUCAUUGCAAUAUUGGGAAUCAUCGCCACCACCUUUGUGAUCGUGACCUUUGUCCGCUAUAAUGACACACCUAUUGUGAGGGCUUCAGGACGUGAACUUAGUUAUGUGCUCCUCACAGGGAUCUUUCUCUGUUAUUCAAUCACCUUUUUAAUGAUUGCAGCACCAGACACAAUCAUAUGCUCCUUCCGACGGAUCUUCCUGGGACUUGGCAUGUGUUUCAGCUAUGCAGCCCUUCUGACCAAAACAAACCGUAUCCAUCGAAUAUUUGAACAGGGGAAGAAGUCUGUCACUGCACCCAAGUUUAUUAGCCCAGCAUCCCAGCUGGUGAUCACCUUCAGCCUCAUCUCCAUACAGCUCCUUGGCGUGUUUGUCUGGUUCGUCGUGGAUCCCCCACACAUCAUCAUUGACUAUGGAGAACAACGGACACUAGACCCAGAGAAUGCCAGGGGAGUGCUCAAGUGUGACAUUUCCGAUCUCUCACUUAUUUGUUCUCUUGGAUACAGUAUCCUCUUGAUGGUCACCUGUACUGUCUAUGCCAUUAAAACGAGAGGUGUUCCAGAGACUUUCAAUGAAGCCAAACCUAUUGGAUUUACCAUGUAUACCACCUGCAUUAUCUGGUUAGCUUUCAUUCCCAUCUUUUUUGGUACAGCGCAGUCAGCAGAAAAGAUGUACAUCCAAACAACAACACUUACCGUCUCCAUGAGUUUAAGUGCUUCCGUGUCUCUGGGCAUGCUCUAUAUGCCCAAGGUUUAUAUCAUAAUUUUUCAUCCAGAGCAGAACGUUCAAAAACGCAAGAGGAGCUUCAAGGCUGUGGUGACAGCUGCCACCAUGCAAAGUAAACUAAUCCAAAAAGGAAAUGACAGACCAAAUGGCGAAGUGAAAAGUGAACUCUGUGAGAGUCUUGAAACCAACAGUAAGUCAUCUGUAGACUUUCCGAUGGUCAAGAGCGGGAGCUGUUCCUAAUAGAUCUUCCUCUACCAAGACAACAUAUAUAAGCUACAGUAAUCAUUCAAUCUGAAACAGGGAAAUGAUACAGUCUGAAGUAAUGUGGCAUUUGAUCUCAAACAAUGAACAUGAGACUGCAAAAAUUUACUCCUGGAGAUCUCCGUAGACUACAGUCAAUCAAAUCAUUAGUCAGUCUUGCAAGGAACAAAAAUUAUCCAUGAGCCAAAUAUAUUAAUGACGGGGACCGAAGAACCCGUUUGAUACAAUACAACCAAUGAGUGUCAAGCUAAAGUGUUGCUUACUCAUGAGCAGUUAAAAAAAAAAUCACAAAGGGAAAACUAAUGUGAGCUUGUGAAAAAAAAAAUGCUGUUGAAAUUAACCAUGUUUGAUGUUAUUCUUGUAAGUAUUUUUCUGUGAUUGUGAGAACUCUCGUUCCUGUCCCACAUUGUUCAACUUGUAUAAGACAAUGAGUCUGUUUCUUGUAACGGCUGACCGGAUUGAAGCCCUGGGUUGUGCUGAAAAUAAAUGCAAUGAUUGACGCAUGCAAUUUUUUAUACAGAUAAUUUAUUUCUAAUAAUAAAGGAAUGUUUUGCAAAUGUU